UUGAUAGGGCUUUACAAAUGGAGAAGAACUUAUCUGAUUUACAAGCAGAGCUGAAAUGGAUAAAAUAUCUAUUAAAAUUUGCUGACCCAAGUGGAGUAGCUACUCGAAAAAGAAUGUCAAACACUACAGAAACUCAGGCACCCAAGUCUACCAAAUCUGUGCCCAGCAUCUCAAGUCUUUGCCAGUCUAAUGAACAGCUAAACACCAUUUUAGAGACACUCAAAUCAAGGCCAUCUCUUCAGGAAUCCCAUAAUUUGAUUCCAGCUGAGAAACCAUCUGAAAAGGUUGACGAUGCUUGUGGAGAUAAUGAAGACAAAAAGACUGCUUACGCCAUUGCCAAACCUCAGAGGCUUGGUGCCGCAAGGAAGAUAUAAUCAGAAGAUAGUCACUGUUCUCCAGCUAACUUGGAUU